AUACUGCCCAGGAUCACCACCACCAAGGGGGCUGCGGACAAGGUGGAGGAGGAAGAGGAGGAGGAAGAAGAUGAUGAGGACGACUGGUGGAGCAAAUUCUACGCGGCCAUGGGGGACAAGGCAAAGAGCCGACGGAGGACCAACAGGGACAAACUGAAGAUCUACAGCUGCGAGCUGGAGGCGGUACCCGAAUUCGAGGGGCUGCAGGAUUUCUGCCAGACCUUCCCCCUCUACCAGGGGGGUCACCCCGCGGCGGGGGAUGACCCCGUACCCGUGGGGGAGCUCAAGGUGCCCAUACCUAUGGGUCCCCACUGCCCGUGCCAGUGGGUGCCAGUCCCCCCCAAUGCCUCCACCCCCACUGCCAGACUGUUCGAGGUGACGGGCACCAUCCCGCUGGAGAAGGACCUGCGGGUCUCGCUCUUGGACUACGACCUGCUGCCACCCGACCAGGAGAUUGGCACCACCACCAUCGACCUGGAGAACCGCCUGCUCUCCCGCUUCCGCGCCCACUGUGGGCUGCCCGCCCUCUACCGCACGGGGACGGAGGGGCACAGGGUGAUGGGGACAAGAUGGGGACAGGGAUGGGCACAGGGGAACAGGGGUGACACAGGGUGAUGGGGACAAGAUGGGGACAGGGAUGGGCACAGGGAGAUGGGGGUCCCACAGGGCGAUGGGGAGGGAGAGGGCACAGUGGUGGGCACAGGAUGGGGAUGA